CAUUCAUGUUUGUCACGCCCCAAAACCCAAUUUCGAGACGCGACAGACGCCGUGCACUCGUGAGACGAGUCCCACAAAUGCACAAGGCUCGGAACUUAUCAUACUGUACUCUGAUACCACCAAAAUCUGAAGAUCAAAUUAUAAGAUUUCUCAUAUCAUAAAUCUCCAAAUACACUCUAGCUUACAGAAUCAUAAUCUGUAUCUAAAAUCUAUAUCAAAUUCCAGGUGACUAGCCUUCUAACUCGUCACUCCACUCGGUUUCCCCCGUCCUCAGUAUCACUUCCUGAAAUGGUGGACAAGGAAAACUAUGAGAUAACUCAGUAAGUAAUUAUGGAUAACCCUUGGGUAAAACUUUUAAGCACGCCAGAUAAACAGUUUAAUAUAACCAAAACGCUCAGUGACAAAAUCAGAUUCAGUUUAAUUGCAAAACAUUCAAUGACAACUCGUCAAUGCAAAAUUCAGAUUCAGUUCAAUAACAAAACGUUUCAUGACAAACCGUCAAUGCAGAAGAAAACUCAGUUCAAUAGUCUCAUCUAUAAGUCAUGGCCAGCGUUUAUAAACCUCCCACUGGCGGGCACAGUAGUUGCCAAUGUUUAACCCCAUAGGCAAGGUUACAGAAGUGCCAGUGUUUAACAACUCCCACUGGCAGACGUCAGUAAUGGUGC